CCUUAAACGAUUUAACCAACUUUCUAUUCUCUGCGCUGCCUUCUGAUAGUCACCUACCCUCUUCAAUCGAAUUCUGUUAACAGUUUACAUUACAUAGUCUUCAGCGUUUUGGCUAUUUGAAAUAGGAUAUCGGCUAUAUUCCGUCUGAGAACCAGUUCUUAUGCAACAGCGUGUUACGGUCGAAUUUUUUCUCUAAAAGGACACUCAGACUCAAAUCGUGAACAAUUUUCUUUAUACUGGCAGGAUAAUUUAACAUUCUUUUCAAGCAUUGAGAUCUAGAAUUGCUAAUUAUUUGGCAGAGCUAGAAUAUAUAAUGAUAAGCUGAAUGAACUUGAAUGAAACUGCUCAAGAAGAACCUUUGUAUGGGAAGGAGAUAAAUACUUCCUCAGAAGAAGAACAACAGCACUCAGCAGUUGAUUAUGCUCUCCACAUAUUAUUUACACACUUUGUUAGGAUAUCAGAGCAAAAAAUAUUCAGCCUUUCUCGUCAUCAACUCAAUCAAACACAAACGAAUCCAGUUUCAUUUUUAGUCAAUGAGCAAGAUGCAAUACGUCUUUUGCGAAAAGGAAAAGACGAAGAAUUUGACAGAUGCAUUCAAGCUUUAAUUGGUCUUGCUGUGAAGAAACCUGUGGCCGUGAUUGAGUCACUUCUUUAUUGGAGAAAAGUUCGUGUCAGUAUUACUAACUCCAAAAGUAUUCCACAUGCCGUGGUAGAAAGAAAGAAUUUUGCCUCUGUUUAUAUUCUUUGUCGCUGCUUGUCCGAAAUAACAGAAAACCUCCCAAAUAAUACCCUAGAAGAAAACACAGUUUCAUCUUUACUAGAAUGCAUUUUUCAUCAGCUGUUGAAUCCCAAAAAUCUCCCGACAUGCUCCUCUUCUUUGAGGCUCGCGAAUUGGGAGAGUUUUGCUUAUUUAUUAGGAAGCCUUUCUCGUUUUAAUUUUGUCAUGGUAUCCGACCGAUUCAUCGAAGAAAUUGAAAAUCUUGAAAAAUCAAAUUUGGACAUUAAAGUCAGAGAAGCUUAUCUUAUAUAUAUCCUUCGUGCUAUGAAACAUCUUCACAUACGACUGUAUCCGAUAACACACUUAGAGGAAUGUGUUGCUUUUAUGGAAUCUUUAGCAUCUUUUUUUAUUAAGUCAAACCAAGCACUGCGUAUUGAACAUGCUUAUCUUUUUGAAAAUCUUCUUUCUCCACUUAUUAUACAUGCUACGUUUGAAGUCAAUAUUCCAGGCUGGGUACGCACCAUACUUACCCUGUACCCUAUCGCAUUCAAGUCAUGUUCCAAAUCCAAAUAUUGGCAAGUGUGGUUCCCUUUUCUUUGUUCCUUGUUAUGUCUGUCUCCGAAAGAUUUUUUUUUAGAAAAUUGGCUGUCAGCAUUGGAAGCUUCUUUCGUUCGUAUAAAGGAUAGGCGACUUCGAAAUACGGGCUUAAAAUCCCUUGCUAAGGUAUUUUGGGUAUGUCUUAAUCGUCUUGGGGAAUGUACGGAUGAAAUUUUAAAAGAUAUCACGUACAUUAUUAAGCCCGUCUUUUUUCCAGGAAAGACUUUUAAUGUUAGCCCAUUUGCUACAGUCGAUGAAGUGGAAGGGUUCUCUCAAAUCUUAAGAGUGCUUGCUCCUCAUUAUCCAAAUUAUAUAAUAAAUGAAAUAUUGGAGCCCCUAUUAAUUGAUUCCUUUAAUGAGAACAUGGGGUGUGAGAAAAUGAUGAUUGUAAUACGUUCCUCUUAUUAUGUGCUUCAGGAUAUUAAGCUCAAAAAUUCUCCAAAAGAAUUGUUUAAUUUUAUUGAGUUUCAAAUCACUGAUCUUUGGAGCGAAGCAAGUUCUUGCUGGCAAACAUUUAUAAAAAAUAUAUCAAACAGUACUCUUUUUCUCACGCUGCAACUUUCGAACGACACCAGUCGGUAUUAUAACUCACGGAAUCCUGCUGGGUAUUUGGGCUUAUAUAGCAAUUCCGUAAAAAUUUUCCCUUGUUUAGUUGGUAAAAUUGAACCAAAAAUAAUUGAUGCAUACAUUAGGUGUUUGAAUUGCCCUAACAAAGUGAUUCAGCUCUCGUGCCAUAAUGCCCUACUCUAUUUUGCAUCAAAGCUCAAUUUAACUAAGCUAAUCAUUUCAUGUUUAUCUAGAAAACUUGUUCAAGGGUCAGAGCACUUACUUUGUACUUAUCACGAGGUUAUACGGAUUUGGAUUCAACAACAGGAGGCUGUAAUUCAAAAACGAAGUUCUUUUUUAAGUACAAAAUCUAGUCAUGCUUCGGAUAAUGAGAGCACGAACCUGGGCAAACAGGAUUACGAUGAAACUCAAAGCUGGAUGAUUAUUGAAGAGAUCCAGUCACUAGCUGUUUUACAUCUAUCUUCUCCCUCUGUUGACAUUCGCCAAUUUGCAGUAGCUUUGCUCAAUGAUGUAAAAAAAUUGAAUACGGAAUACUUGGUGUUAUCUUCUGAUAAUUUUACAGAUGGCGAAGUGUGCUCGGAGCCUACUAUAGUGGAUGUAUUGAAAGAUUGUGACUCCUCAAUACUAAGUGUGGAGAGUCAUCUUCCAACUGCAGCUGAACGCUCUCGACUAAGAAAAUUUAUAAAUGAUGGUACAAAAGAUAUGCUGCUAAAACUUGCAACCUCAAAUAGCGGGGUUGAUAUAUCAAUUUGGUAUAACCUUUUCCCAAAAUUUAUAAAGCUUUGCUUCGAACGAUUUCCAACUACGAUGGCGUUACUUAGAAACACCGUGUGCUCAAAAUUACCUAGCAUAACAUCAAAACUGCUUUCGAAAAUUGACACCUCAGAUACUAAUUUUAAUCUGAAAAUUGCUGUAAAAAAUAAUGAAUUUCCUGAGUAUCUUCUUGUUCAAUGGAAGUUGUAUUUGAUUGUUGCUUGUUGUACUAUUACUUAUACUUCUAAUCUUGACCUAUCGCAGACAAAUUUAAGACGAGCAUUAACAGCAGUUCAGUCUGGGACUCAUUUGCGAAGCUUACAGGAGACGACGAAAAUUACUUCUGCCGAAAGCCUUUUUAACAUGAUACUCCCAUUAAUUUUCGUUGAGUUUUCUCCUAUCCGGGAAGCUGUGGUGUUCGCUACUGGUUGCCUCAACAUAAAUGCAUUUCCCCAACUCGUCAAAUCUUUAAAACCUUAUAUUUCUUUUCUAAAGGAAGAAAAACCAGAGUUUUUACUUCGAAACUUGAACUUCUCCAAUUUCGGCCGGCGCAAUAAAUCUGAUAAUUUAUUACGAUCGGAAAUAGCUCAUAUUUUUGCAUUAACAUCUCAUCUUUUAGUACAUGACUCAAUGAAAGAUGAAGGCGAUACUUUACUAAUUAUAUCUGAAUUCUUAAAGGAUCUGAAAGUUUUUCUAACUUCUUGUACGCAAACUGAUGUGAGCUCUUUAAAAAUUAAAUGCUACUUUGCUCAACUUCUCGAGAAACUAAUAGUAUUUCAAAAUCUGAACAACGGCGUUGAAAUCCUGCCACUGUCUGGUCGAGUAUCUUGUUGGAAACUUUUAGAUGAGUGGACCGGUUUUGGUCCGGCUCAAGAAGUUAUGAAAAAUCAGCAGGAUGAGAUUCGUUUUAGUAUAGUGGAAAACAAUAAAGAUAUAAGGGAGCGUGAUCGUCUCCUUGCAUCCUUCGAAGCGGCCAAACAGAACCUUGAAUACUUGACAAUUAAAGCUAUGAUAGCUUUAAGCACUUCAAGGCUUCAUCAAGAAUUGGAUGAAGCUAUAUUCUCUUUUGAUGUUGAGGUUUUACUGAAUUGGUAUACAGCCGUUUUACAUUCCCCCUCAAAAGUCAUAAUUAACCUUGCUAGAAAGGGUCUCCGUACGUUAUUAAUAAAAAAUUGCGAUUAUGAGUUAUUACUUCAGAAGGUGAUAGAAAAAUGCUUUGCACAAGGAAUCGCUCAACAUAUAUGUGAUUUUUUCUUUUUAGCCCUUUCAGAAAUGCUCAUUCAAACCGAGGUUGGUCAUUUAAGUAUUCCGAAAUUAUUACCCCUUUGUCUAGUUAAGCUUUCUGCGAAUAAUCUGUCCGUUAGGCUAAAAGCCUUUGACUUACUAGGAAAAUUUCGGCUAAACAGCUUUACUCUAACGGCCAUGAUGGAAAUGAAGAGCUUCUUAGAAUCGAGUAAUCCCGCACUGUAUUUGAAACCUCAAUAUCUAUUUUCGGUUCAACUUGCUAACGAUUUUUCUGAGGAUUCUUUUGCAUUGACGUCUGAAUGUUUGAGGUACUUCAACUACGGUGAUUUUCAUCGACGAGGAUUAGUUACUGUUUUGCUUCCUUGGCUACAGAACUUAGAGCUUAAAAUGGAUGUCGGUAAUAAAGUAUUCGAAUUUUAUACCGUCACCACAUUGAUCGGCUUAAUCGAAAUUACCACAAAGUACACCAAGGAUUUGCCUAACGAGAUUGAAGCUCUUUGGACAUCUUUAGCUUUGUCUGGACAUAAGAAAAAUUGGACUGUAAUUUUAUUUUUCUUAAUGCAGCAAUGUUUUAAUCGAAAGACUUUUGCAUUCGUUGAGUGUACACGACAAAUCACAAUUUACCUUGCUAAAACCGAACUGUUGUCGGGCUUAUACUCAACGUUAUUGUCUUUUAUAUCUUCAACUAACGUUUCCAAUGAAAAUCAGGAAGUAUUUUCCUACAGUGUUGAGAAUUCAAAUAAUACUUACAUUGCAGAUCUGGAUAUCCUUUUUCCUUCUGAAAAAGAUUCAAUUUUCUAUUCACCGUGUCAACUGGCUCUAUUACUAUUAAUGGAUAUAGUUCCCAAUCCGUCCAUUAUGAUUGGGACUAAUGAGGUGGCUACGAUCCUUCAAGCCGCUUUCAUACAAUUGGAUCAUUAUUCUAAGAUAGUUCAAAAGCAAUGUCGUCAAAUCAUUCACUAUAUUGUUGAAAAAGUCCAAGCAAUGGAAGGGAGGUUGUAUUCUGACGACAACUACUUUAGCUUGUUGGAUUCUGAAAAUAUAAUUUCUACCAACAUAAAAGCUGAUGGUUUGAAAGACUUCACGACUACUCGCUAUGAACACUUAAUUACCAAAACCAAUGAAGUGUUAGUAAAUACAUAUCCGGACUUGAUACAAUUAUGGGGUAAAAUAGCAAUGAACUGGGCUACAACAUGCCCUUCGAGACGGUUAGCUUGUAAUUCUUUUCAAGUCUUCCGCUGCCUUCUGCCCAACUUCGAUACUGACAUUCAAUUGAAUUUAAUAGCCAGGUUGGUUGGGACCAUUUCAGACCAAGAAAAGUACUUAUGUGCUUAUUCAAUCGAAAUACUUGCUACUAUAAAUGCAUACGUUAGAGCUAUGGAACCUUCUGAUCUCAUGCUUUAUCCUCAGCUAUUUUGGACUUCAGUGGCAUGCCUCACUACUGUUCACGAAGAAGAGUUUCUAUACGCCGUGAAAAUUACGUACGAUUAUCUUAAACGGACAGAGCAUCUUCCGGAAUUCCCGCAACACUUAAUAGACUCCUUACCAAAUUCAUGGUAUGAGAAAUUUGAUGGUCUCCAGCUAUUAGUGUUAAGAGGUUUUCGAUCAACAAAAUCAUUUGAAUCAUCGAUGCGAUUGUUCAUGCUCCUGAUGACUUACGGAGAUAAUGAUAUAGUUGGUAAUGGCGACUUUAGGCUUGUAACUUGUCUGUUAGUUUCAUUGCCGGCGAUGCUGACAACUUACGAAACAGCAGCAAAACUACCAUUUAGUUUGGAUGAAUUUUGUGAUAAGCUGACGAGUUUUGCAUAUCUAUAUGAUAAUACUGAGUUAAUUGAAUUGAUAAAAACGUUUAUGAACAGACAGUUUAGGAGCUCGGAUGACUUUUUAAAAUGUGCUGUCUCAUAUAUAACCUCCAACUUUUUUGAAGAUUUCGUUUUGGAAAUCAUAACAGUUCUCUCUAUGUUUUUAUCAAAUAGUAUGCCAUGGAUUCGGAAAUCUACGCUAAGGAUUUUGGAUAGCAUACUACCAAGACUACAGUUUGACAAUAAAACAUGCGGUAGUCUCGAGCUGAACUUAAUAACCCCUUUACUCAGACUGUUAUCAACUGAUUAUGUAAUGGAUGCGUUAAAGCUUUUAACUAUUCCAUUAUCUAUUUCAGGACCUUCAGAUGUACAGACAUUCAAGUUGCUAAUGGUUGAUCCAAAAACCAAGAGUACUGACUCAAGGUUUACUCACUUUAGCGAAAUUCCGGACGAAACUGGUUGGUCUGAACCCAAUCCUGAUUAUGCAACAACAUUAACGAAAAAAAAUGUGCAUACCAUUUUUUAUACAUGCCCUGAAACGGGUGAUUCCCUAAAAACACCUGAAAUCCGAUUUCAUGCUGAAGAGGUAUCAAAUUAUCCUCGACAUAUUCCCACGAACAGCCGGGGAUCUUUAGGAGAAAAUUCUUUAGGAGAACUCGUAACUACUUUACAUAGCCUUGAUGCUUUCUUUGCAGAAGAUAAAGGCGAGCAUUUGCCCGAAUCAAGCGAUUUGUCAGAUCAUGGCACAGUUGUGUACAACGAUGCUACUGAUGACUACGACGACCAAAUAGUCUCCAUACUUUCAGGUAAUCUGAAACGAGAAAGGGAAGGUUGGAUUCCGUAUGAAUCCAGCGUAUUUGGGAAUUACGUUGCUCCAGAAGAGACUAAUGGAUCAAUAGACUCGUCUUCUAGUACACAAGGUCGUUCAAAUAAAGCAUCGCUUAUGUCAAAGUUGAAGCCUCUGUAUUUUUCUGAUAGUGAGCCAAGUUAUCCGAUUUUGAAUCGGAUUGAUAAUUUUUCUGAUUUUCGUCCUUCGCUAGACGAGCUUCGACAACCUACUGAUUCCAAGGGUUUAACUGAUUGGAAUACGGAAGACUCAGAUAUUCUAAAUUCAAAAUUCCCGUCUAAUGAGCUACCAUUACAUGAAAACUAUUAUCAUUUGCGGACUAUGUUCCAUGCGAAUGAAAGCAAUAAUUCUUUGAAUCAUUCUUUCGUGUAAAGCCUGAGAAACACGAAAGAAAAAGAUGAUUCAUGAUUACUUUUUUGAUAUGGUUUUUUGUACUAUUGAAGUUAUGCUGUUAUGAAGUGGAAUCUUAGCAUCCUGCAUAUUUUUACCGUUUUAUUUAUUUUCAUUUUGUUUGUUUGUCUAUGGACGUUAUAUAGUUUCAUGUCUUGGUAACUGGCGGUAAGUCAAAAGACUUUAUACGUGAAUAUUAUGUAUUUAAAUUUGUUUUUUUGGAGUUUUCCUUCGUUUCAAUUUCUUCUCAUUAUACUACUAAAUUUUCGUAAAAGCAUCAAGUAGAUUAGCUUUCUCAGCAAUACAUGGUGUUGUAUUCUAUAUUUUAAUAACGAGAACUGGCGUAUAAUAUCACU